AGAAAAUUACAAUGUUGGCUUUAUUAAGUAAAAUUGGCUCAUUUCUGUGGAGAAGAGCAGAUGAUGAACAACAUGAUGAAAAUGAUAACAAAGAGAAUACAGAGAUCAGCAUACAGAAUGGAGUAGUGACACGAUUUUGUGAUGACUAUGGUAUGGUGAAUGACCUAGUUUGCUUCACGAACGCUGUUGUGGUAGCCCAUAUACCAUUAUUUGUUGGGCAAAAGGUGAAUGUGAUUGCUCAGAAGGACAAGACUUCUGGAGGCUGGAGUGCAAUUCGGGUAGAACCUGUCUGUGAUAAGUGGGAAGAAGAUGGGAACAGAAUUUCUGCAUCUGGUUUACCAGACUUGGACAAUCCUAAAAGUUUGGUUGGUAGUAUUACAUCUUGCAAUGAAGAUGGUGGCUGCAUUAAUCAGACCGUAUAUUUUUCCAUGGAAAAUGUCUGUGAAGGGUUUCAGCCUUACAGAGGUGACUGGGUGCAGGCUGACUAUUAUGUAAAUCCAGCCAAGUGGACCAGCUUUGCCUGUUUUGUGAAGCCACUCAGAUAUAAACGAUUUGAUAAGGUUACAGUUUCAUCUGUGCAUGGAAGAAAUGGUGUAAUAGAUGAUGCCAUCUUCUUUACGUUGGAUUCUCUAAGGCUGCGGGAAAAUUAUCUACCUCGUAGAAAUGAUGUGGUCAACGUUGUUGGAGUUGAGAGUUCUCAGUCGUGUUACUCAUGGAGAGCAUUGUGCAUGGCUCCAGCAUUCAGAAAUGGAUUGAGCUCCACUACUACUUUUGAAAAAGAUGAGACAAUUGAAAAUCUCCUAACAAGAAACAAAGGUGGAUUACAGGUAUCAAGACUGACUGACUUUGGAACAAUCGUGCAAGGAGAAAGUAAAAACAUUCUUAUAUGGAUUGAGAAUAAAGGAGAUGAAGCACAUUCCUUGAUCAGCUGUAAGCUGGCCCGUUGGGAUAAAGAAAAUCAGUUCAGAAUCGAGCUCCAUAUCGAAGGAAAUCGUGCAGAACCGAAUGAUGUGACCGCAGCCCGUAGCACUUCAGUGUCAGUUCACAACCCUAUAUCUGAAACCAGUGCACAUGCAGGUCAAUAUUCUCCAUUUAAUCUACUUCUUCAUGUGCCAGUUAAGACUCGCAUGCUGCAGUUACCUUUACAUUCUCCUGGGACCACCUCAGAUGCACCAGGAGAUAAAAUGAACAGGAUGAAUGUUUUGAAUAGAGAGGCUGAACAGGUAUUCCAUAUUGCAGAUGGAGCUAAGAACUCUUCCCUUAAAGGGUCAAAUGUCACACUGAAUGGAGAUGUAGCUGAAGGCAAGAAUGUAGAGGCGACUGAACAUGUAUUGGUUAUAGCGCCGGGUGAAAAGACAAGUAUUAUAGUAUGGUGCAUAGCAAAAAAUCCUGGACGCUGCAGAGAGCUGCUGUUGCUCUGCUUUUCGGACUUUGUUAUCGGACGGUAUAUUGCAGUUAAUGUGGUGGCUAAAGAAGAGUGUCACGUAGGUCCUGCUGAACCGUAUCGUCCUAAAUCCUUCUCAUUUAAGCAGGAAACCACUGGAAGAAAAGUAUUAAUACCAGCUCCAAGUUCUACAAGACUUAUCAGAAGGCAGCUUCCCAACUUCCUUCCUCAGUACCCGAUACCGAAAGCAUUGAGAGACAGUGUGGAGAAACAGUCUGAUAUUUUAGUUAUUCAGCCUUGCCUGGCAGAGAGUUUAAACAUGGAGAACUACAAAAAGCGUUUUUCUACUUUACUCUGGUUAGAAGAUGUCCAGGUAGAGAAUGAGUUGAACGAUUUUUCCAUGAGUGCAGUAAUUCUUAAAAAGAAUGGGGAUCUGUUGGUGCUGGAGGUACCUGGUAUAUCUGAAUGCAGACCUUCUCUGUACAUAGGUGACAGAGUAAUAUUGAAGAGCUCUGAGUACUCUGAAAAAGUCGUGGAAUAUACUAGUUAUGUUGUGGAGAUUCAUGAGGAAGAAGUGAGUCUUCGAGUCGACUUAGCAUUUCAGAAGACUUACAAUGGUGAACCGAUGGAUGUUGAAUUCCUGUUUAACAGGACAACCAGCAGGAGAUGCCAGUUUGCAGUGGAGCAGGCUCUUCAUCUUGGUGAAAGAGUGCUUUUUCCAGAAAGUAUUGACAUACAGAAGCCACAGAUCCUCGCACUUUGGGAUGGAGAAGAGACAUUUCAUGAAGAGUUGAACAAAAAGCAGAAGAAUAAGAAAACUAAAGAGGGACAGUCCAAAGCAGUUGAAGAUGAGGAUGAUAAAAGUGCUGCAGUUUCUAUAUCUGAUGUAAUUUCGGUGGGCACACAGGUCGGAACAGCAAAAGCUGAUGGCCUUGGCAUGAAAAAAGAAUGCGGCUUCCCAUUUUUCAACCCCAUACUGAAUGAGCAUCAGAGAAUGGCAGUCAAAAGGAUCCUUAGUGCUGAAUGUCGACCAAUUCCUUACAUUUUGUUCGGACCACCUGGGACUGGAAAAACUAUUACCAUCAUAGAAACAAUUUUGCAGAUACACUUUACUCUUGCAGACAGCAGGAUUCUAGCUUGUACCCCUUCAAACAGUGCCGCUGAUCUACUGUGUGUGCGUUUGCAUGAGACGAGCCUGCUGAGGCCUGGAAGUAUGGUGCGAGUUAAUGCAACAACUCGAAUGGAAGAGAGCAUGGAUGAAAUUGUGAAGUCUUACAGCAAAGAUGGAGAAGAUAUUUGGCAAGCUUCUCGUUUUAGAAUAAUAAUUUGCACGUGCAGCAGUGCAGGGAUGUUCUACCAGAUAGGAGUGAGUAAUUUCAGUAGUGUCUAUUGUCUAAACAAGCGGUCUGAUUACUUUGCUGUUAAUAGCCCCACUUGUGCACAAAGACAAACUGAAAUUGAUAAAAGUGCAAAAGGGUACAAAGAAUUAAAAGACUCUGAGCACAAGGGUGCAGACACCGUAGCAAACAGCCCUACCGAAGGCAGGGGCCAUGCAUAUAACACGCGGGCUUCUACGUCUAAAGAGAUACGGAUGACUAACGUAAUAGCGGGAAACAACCCACCUGAGCAAACAAUCACCGUAUCUAGAAGACCCGCCACAGACUUCAAUUGUACGCCUAAAGCAGGCAUCAGUUAUAAUAAAAGUGUAAGUAACACUAAAAACGUAGAGCUUUAUGUAAAAGGUAAUAUAGCUGAAGUAUGUACUAUUAAUAACCAUAUAAACUAUGCUGAGACCUUUACAGUAGAAAAGGAGCAUGACAAUAAUAUGUUACUAGAUAACAGACGCACUGAAAUCAGUAUGCCACUGGCUACCUCCAACACAGGAGAAACUGCGUCACGUACGGCGGGAAACCGCGUACUCAGAAAAGUAUCGGAGAGAUCAUGCUUUAUUUUUCCAGACACUACAAGCACACCAGCAGCUGAUUACAGUGAUGUUAAUAAAUGUUAUGAUGCCAUGAACUGUUUAUUAAGUAUGAACAAAUGCAUGCCUAAAGAUUACAGUAUUGAAAUGCAUAACGCUAACUACCUAGGUGAAAAAGAUACAAGGACUAGCCCACGCGAGAGGCAGGACAACAGUAACAGUGCAAGCGCAGAUCCCCUACAUAGUUGCGCCUACAAAAAGCACAACACUAUCGUGCCAACAGCAUGCAACCCUAAACCUGAGCACGAAACUAGGAGCGAGAUGCCCACCAACCAAACGAGCGACACAAUAACAGACGCUCCAAAUAAAACCAGGGCAAGCAGCGCAGCGGAGCCAAAAGGCACCCUACACUACAAUACCAGUAGUGAAAAACGCGAAACAACUACGCGCUACCAAAAUAGGGAGGCUCAAGGCAGCAAUGCCUCAGAAAGGUCAUCUAGCCAGAACCAAAAUAACUGGCACUCUGUACCACCUAAGGCUUCCGGAAAUACACAGGAACCCUCAGGCAGACCUCAAACAUACCGUUCAAAUUCCUCAGACGAGGGACUGGAUGUUACCCCUGCGCUACAUGAAAAUUCAUACGACGGCACCGGUACAGCUGAUAAUAGCUGGUGGAGCAGCACCGACAGCUCAGCCAUUAGAAGCGAGUCAGAAGGCCACCACCACCAACCCCCCGAAAGCUACCUAGCAAACGAAAACCCUUCAGUUAGCCGCAGAUGCAAUGAACUAAGCGCACACAACCAGCAAGGUGCGGAUGCACCCCUGUUAGACGGAACAGGAUACAUAACUGAAAUGCAUCCAAGGUUACCGCCCGCACUGGCUAGCACGCCCGCUAGCACCAACAGUUCCUCUAACACAGAGGAGAGCGAAAUAGUACCUACGGUGCUAAAAAGAAAAAGCACCUUUAACCCCAGCCUUCACAAUAACUUAAACGUUUUCUCUAAAAUCUGUGAAAAUGAAUUCAGGGCUAUCCUAAAUCACAAACCCAAACGCACGCGCAGCAACCUCAGCUAUGAAGAGAAAAAAGCACUGCAGUCACUAAGAACCAACAAGGAACUCACAGUGAUGAAAGCAGAUAAAGGCGCAGGCAUUGUGAUCAUGGAUACAACCAAGUACAACUACAAAAUGGAACAGAUCCUCAAAGAUCCAGAGAAAUACAAAAUAGUCAGCAAAACAGAAGUACUUUCAAAUUUCAAAAAAAUAGACAAAGUACUUGCUAGACUAGCUCAACAAAAUGAUAUUGGAGAAGAAGAACUGGACUUCAUGAGCGUAGAUUCACCAGAUGUCGGCAAACUCUUUGGGAUCCCCAAAAUCCACAAAGACCCCGACGACCCCCCGCUGAGGCACAUUGUGUCCUCCAAAAAAACAAAGACUGAAUUCAUCUCACAGCUGCUUGACCAUGAAUUCAACCCUUACGCUCAGACAGCCGAAUUCUACCUUAAGGAUUCCUGGGAAUUCCUUAACAGGAUUCACAUAUUCCAGAAUUCCCUCCCUCCCCCCAGAAAAAAGUGA